ACAGAUCUUAAAGUGUAGAGUGAAAGAAAGCGAAGGGAAACAAAACAAAACAAAACCUUGCUCUUUCUCACGCCCUACUCUUCCUUCUUCGUUUUCUCUGUUCUCCACUUUCAUUAACCAUGACAAAGCAACAUGCUAACUGGUCUCCUUACGAUAACAAUGGAGGAUCGUGUGUUGCAAUUGCUGGAGCGGAUUACUGUGUGGUCGCUGCGGAUACGAGGAUGUCUACCGGUUACAACAUCCUUACUCGCGAUUACUCCAAAAUCUCCCAACUAGCUGAGAAGUCUGUGAUGGCUUCUUCUGGUUUUCAAGCUGAUGUAAAAGCUUUGCAGAAGGUUUUGUCUGCUAGGCAUUUGAUUUAUCAGCAUCAACACAACAAGCAAAUGAGCUGCCCUGCAAUGGCUCAGUUGCUUUCAAACACUCUUUAUUACAAACGUUUCUUUCCCUAUUAUGCUUUCAAUGUUUUGGGUGGCCUUGACAAUGAAGGAAAGGGAUGUGUCUUCACAUAUGAUGCUGUUGGUUCCUAUGAGAGGGUUGGAUAUAGCUCUCAGGGUUCUGGAUCCACACUCAUUAUGCCAUUUCUUGAUAACCAGCUGAAGUCUCCCAGCCCACUUCUCUUACCUGCCAAGGAUGCUGUUACUCCAUUGUCUGAAACAGAAGCAGUUGAUCUGGUCAAAACUGUUUUUGCGUCUGCAACUGAGAGAGAUAUAUACACUGGAGAUAAGGUUGAAAUUGUCAUCCUAAAUGCUAGUGGUAUUCGUCGGGAAUACAUGGACCUAAGGAAAGAUUGAUGCUUUAGACAUAAAUUUGUGGUUGGAGAUGCCAGACUGGGAUUGUGAAUGUUUGAAAUGCUUCUAGUACUUUGAUUGAUAUGGUGGGUUUUUCCCACGAGGCGAAAUUUGGAAUAGCAUUUCCAGUGAAAUUGGUUUGAACAAGUACUAGUCUGUUAACAUCGUAACUAGACUAUGUUUAUGCAAUAUGAAUUAUUUUGGCAAGUGCUUACCGGCUUAAUUAUGUGGAGAAGUAUGUAUUUUAAUUUACUUGGGGAAUCAAUGGCAUAAAAUCCCAAGUUUUAGAUUUCCUUGAUAUUAAUCCAUAGCGUUAUAUAUUAUUCUGUGUGCAACAAAAUGAUUUGUAGCUGCGUUGACAAACAUCUAUGUCCAGUUUAGUGUGUGAAGUGGCUUAAGAUAAUGUGGUGUGUUUAGCGUGCUUUUCUAUUCUGUUCUAAAUUGUUCAAUUGUUUUGUCUUUUGUUCAUGAUGCUAAAUAUACAUGCAUUUCAUUG